CGAUUGUAUUUUAACUUUCAGCGCAGACUCGGCGGACAUGGCGCAUCAGUUCCUACUGCACAUGUACAUGAAGAUUCCGAAAGUCAUUUGCCACCUCGACACCUUCCAAGCGAGCAAGUUCGUCAACGGCUCGAGGAUAACCGGCUGGACGGGCUCGGUACUCGACUGCAUGAGCCACUCCCUGUUGACGGCUCUGGCGGCGACGCCCAGACAGAAGUCCUGGAACUCCAAGUCUCAGGAAUUCGAGCUCUGCGCGAGAAAGAUGGCCGCGGUGCAUCCCAUAUUGGUGCUGAGGCAGCUGCCGAUGUUGGCCUCCUCCCUGAUGGGAAGGUGCUACCUCGAUUUCGGUCAAUUUAGAUCCGGCCACCAUUUGGCCCUUUUCACGCAGGUUAUGGGACUGUUGGAACUGUUGCAGCCGCAUCUGUUUAACAAGCAACACGAAACUGCGCUGGAGAACACCUUGGAAAAUUACUUCCAAUGUUUUCAGAAUUAUGGGCACAUAAAAGAUCUCGUCUCGUUGCUGAACAGAUUUGUGUCAUUAUUGCAGUCGUACAUCUCACACGAUCCACAACGAGCAAUGAAAUAUCUUCAGAAACACGCAUAUGUUUUACAUGAGUUGCAGGCAAAUUAUUCUAACGUAUCUGCCUUGAGGACACUCGUGUCGGGGAUACCGAUACCGAGAGAGGGAGAAGAUGUGGAUGACAUUUUAAUCACUAUACCUCCUGCGCUGCAUCCUUCAGAACCCACUGUUCCGCUACACUGGCAAUCGCUACUGACUACACUCGCCAAGCUACACGGCGAAGAUGUGUUCAGUGCGCUUCAGGAGAUCGAGCACGUCGCGAUACGAAAACCUUCAGUUUUGGAGUCCGUAACGGACAACGUAGCAGAACUGCUUGUGUCGCCGCAAGGCAACAUCAGGGCGCUCGCUCACAAUCUACUCGCCAGAGCAUUGAAAUACCGUCCCACGUCGAACGCGAACAUACUGUCCGCGUAUCAGAGGUGUUUGGACAGCCACAGAGCGGACGUUCUUAUGUCGGCUUUAGAAAAAUUACCGGAUAUCGUGUUGUGUAUGCAAGAACACGCUUUACCGUUGAUGCAGAGGGUGUUCGAGUUGGGAGUGAAUUCGAAUGUCAACACGAUACCUUACAUCACUAAGACUAUCAUGCUGUUAAAUACACAGCAAGGUUGUUAACGUCUAAAGUCAUUAGUCCGUUAGUCUUGUAAAUAUUAUGCGUAAGACUUUUUUUUACAAUCGAAAUAGAACGGUGGAAAAGAUCUUUCAUCUCUUCGAUCCAACACGUUUAAGCUGUAAAGAAGGAUCUUUUAUAAAAACAUUAGUAACGAUAAUUGUUUAAAUAUAAAUGAGAAAACAAUUCAAAA